CAAACCACUCUGAGCAAGUUUGUAUGCGAGAACUAGCGAGUUGAGCAGUAAAAAUCCCCAGAAUUUUAAAGUAUGUUUUCUAUUCCGGUUUAACACUAAAAAUCGUCCAGAGAAAUAUGACAAGUAUUAAGCUGGGGCUUUAAGGUCACUCAAGAUGGCUGACAAGUGAUCUGUGUUAUGGUAAACACAACAGAACAACAACCUACAAAGGUCGUCUAUAAAAACAAAAGUUCAUAGCAGACUGUAUGUGACCGUGUGACCCCUGGUUGCCAAUAUGGCCAUGGCUACGGGGGCUACUGUUGCAGAGAGUCAACUCCACAGGAUUAUCAGAGAUCUUCAUGAGGCGGUUACAGAACUUGCUAAAGAGUACAGGGAAACUGGGGAACCAAUCACAGACGACAGCACCAACUUGCACAAAUUUUCCUAUAAGCUGGAGUACCUGCUACAGUUUGACCAGAAAGAGAAAAGCACAUUUCUUGGAACAAAGAAGGAUUACUGGGACUACUUUAGUGACUGUCUGGCAAAGAUCAAGGGUGCCAAUGAUGGGGUUCGCUUCGUCAAAUCCAUCACUGAACUGAAGACAUCUCUCGGAAAAGGACGUGCCUUUAUUCGUUAUUCUCUUGUGCAUCAGCGACUGGCUGAUACACUGCAGCAGUGCCUGAUGAACCAAAGAGUCACCAGUGACUGGUACUAUGCAAGAAGCCCUUUCGUGAAGUCCCACCUUAGUGCUGACAUCAUCAAUCACCUGUAUGAGCUCAAUGAGGUGCAGUUUGAUGUGGCUUCCAGAGGACAUGAUCUCGAUGCCUCGUGGCCUACUUUUGCCAGGAGGACACUUGCAAAUUCACCUGGCCACAUGUGGAAACCUCCAAGUCGCAGUUCCAGCAUUAACAGUCUGGUCAGCACCUAUUCCCAGCAAGCGCACGAGUUCCCCUCUAGCCCAGACUAUGGUCAUAAUCUCCUGACCGACCUGAAUGAGUCCUUGCCUGUCUGUCCUGAAGACAUGAGCACAGUUGACGACCUUCGUCUAGAGCUGGACCAGUCAGAGCUGAAGCAGCAGCAACUCUUAGACAAUGUGCAGCAGCUGGGUGAGGAGGCUGCUGAACUCAGGGGCAUAGUGGUGGAGCUGCAGAAACAGUUAGAUGUCUCACUUGCUGCACAAGAAGAACAGCAAGUUUUGCAGGUAGAAGUCAGAGGGCUGCAGGAGCGGGAACAGUCUCUGUCCAAAGAGGUGGAAAGACUUAAUACCAAAGAGAAAGCCAUGGAGGAUGAACAACGGCUGCUCAAGCAGAGCUUGGCGGCUGCUGAUACUAAGAAUGUGGAGCUCCUGGCUAAGUUAGAUGGGGUACUAAAUGAGAAGGGCCAGCAGGCUGCCAGCUACUUUAAUUCAGCACAAAAAAUACACGAGUUGCUCGACAAAUUAAAAGAGGCAGAGAGAGGAAAGAUGGAAGCUGUAGCCGAAGCUGAGUCGAAAAAAAGACUGGGGGAAAGGUUAGAGACUGAGCUGAAGUUAAAGGAGGCAGCUGCUAGAGAGGGUGAAACCAAAUUAGGAGCAUUGGUUACAUCUACAUCUGAGGAGAAAAUGAAGUUGAUGGCAAAAGUGGAAGAACAAUCCAGUGCCUUGGACAAACUCCAGGGGUCUUUGACACAGAGGGAGAAGGAGGCAAACAACUUACAAAAGCAACUGCGAGAUUUACAAAAAUCCCUCGAAGAGGCAGAGAAGGAAGUAGAGAUGGUGAAAAGAAUGGCACAAGAAGAUAAAGAGAGAAUGCACAUGAAUGUUAAUGAUUUAAAAAAGAUGCUGGAAGCGGAAGUCUCCUCUUUCAAAGAAGAGGUUGAAAAGAAAGAAGAGGAACUAACUUCUACCUUUGAGACACUACAACAGCUGAGGACCCAGAACCAAAGUUUAAACACAGAAAGAGAGAAGCUGACAAAUACUCAGGCAGAGCUGGAAGCUAACGUCAAAGAACUGACUACCAGGAUGGAAGAGUGCAAGACACAGUGCACUAAUUUAACGGAUCUGAAUGAGAAGCUGCUGACUACGGUAAGGAAAAAUGAGGAGUUGAAGGAGGAAAUGGAUGAAAACAGAGGAGCACUUGAAGCUGAAGUAUCUGCUCUGAGAGCUUCUGAGAAACAACUGCGAGGACAGCUGGAUGACACUAAACUGACAGUUGAUGAAAAGGAGAAGCUGCUGCGUGAGGAGAACUGUAAGUUGGAUGAGAGCUUGCAGCGGGCCACCAUGGCAGCCAGCACGGCAGAGAGCACAUCGAAGAGGCUUCAGNAGGAGAACAAGAGUCUGAAGGAGGAGCAGGACUCUGUGAAAACUGCUCUGGGUAAAAUGCAGGCAGACCUGAAGAGUGUUCACGGACAAAUCGCAGAGCUGGAGAAGAAUUUGGGAGCGUCGCGUAAGAAUGAGGGCGAUCUGCAAGAACAGCUCAAAACAAAAGAGGACCUGUUAGUAAAUAAAGAGGUUCAACUCAAAACGCUUCAGUCCAAGGUGAAAGCUUUAAUUGCCAAGGAAAAAGAGCUUGAAAUAGCCAGAGCUGAUGCAGAAGCCACCCUUGCGAAACAGGCAGAAUUGAUCCAACGAGUGACCUGCGAGAAGCAGGCGAUGGAGAUGUCUCAGCUAGAAAGAAGUGCUGUCCAAGAAAAGGAAAACCAGGAAAUAAUAGGCAAAUUGGCUGUGGUUGAGAGUCAGUUAGAGCUAAGUAUGAAAGACGUGUCCAGGCUGCAGGCGGAAACUUUAGACCUGAGGGUGAAGGGCCAACGGUCUGAGGAGGAAAAGCUUACAUUUCAAGCACAACUGGAAGUAACCGAGGCUCAGAGGGAUGAGCUCAGGAUUUUGACUGAGCAGCUGAAAUCUCAGACUGAAGCUUUGAAUCAGAAGCACAUUGAGGAGCUUAUGGAGUGCCAAAAGAAAGAAGAGAAGUUGAUGGAAAAGCACAAUAGAGAAAUGGCUUCACACGCUGAGUCAGCACUAUCAGCAGCUGCAGUUCAAGAUGAGCUGUCCAGCCUGAAGGCACUAUACAACAAGCUUGUGUUGGAGAACACAGAGAUACGUGAGGGCCUGCACAGAGCAAACACAGAGAUGGCAGAGUUGGGAAUGACCAUAUGUAAGCUGAGUGCAGAAAAAGAAGAGGCCACACAGCUAUGGACCAGUGAUACUGCCAGGAUCGCAGAGCUAGAGAAAGAAGUUGAGCGAGGAGAAGAAUGUGUGACAGAGCUACGGCAGGAGAAUUACCAAAUAAGACAGGAGUUGAUUAAGAAAGAGUCACUCUUGGAGAAUAUUGUGGAGCUCCAGGAGCAGCUGGAAAAAUCCAAGGACCUGGUGCAGAAUGUCAAAGAGUCCAACAAAGAGGAGAUGGAGGCCAUAAAGUUUCAGAUGAGCUCAGAAAACAUGAACCAUCAGAAUCAGAUGAAGAGUGUGACUGAACAGUUGAACAAGGUGAAAACUCAACUACAGGAGGAGCUGAAGAGAGUAAACAACCUGCAGACUGAAGUGUCUGAACUAAAGGUUGAGAAUGAGCAGUUUUUGCUGCUAGUUGGGGAGAAAGAUGCCCACAUCACAAAAGCAGAAGCAACCAUCAGAGAGAGUGAAAGUGAGAUUCAGCAGCUGAGAGAAGCAGUCAACAGGGUUGAGGAAGCACACACAUCUGCUCAAAUGGGAUGUGAGGAAUUGGAGCAGAAACUCAACAAAGCAAACACAGAGCUGCAAAGCCAGAGCCUGAAACUGACUGCAGAGAUAGAUGACCUAAACAGGACCAAGACCAACCUCGAAGAGAGACUGAUAGAGCUCAUCAGGGACAAAGAUGCUCUGUGGCAGAAGACAGAUGCUCUGGAAUUUGAGCAGAAGCUGCGAGCGGAGGAGCGCUGGUGGUUGAUGGAUAAAGAAGCCACUCAUUGUCUGGACUGUCAGGGCCAGUUCACCUGGUUUCUGCGCAGACAUCAUUGCAGACUCUGUGGUCGCAUCUUCUGCUACUACUGCAGCAACAACUUUGUGAUGACCAAACAAAGUGGGAAGAAGGAGCGAUGCUGCAAGGAGUGUUACACCCAGCACACUGCAGUGGUGGAGAGAUUCACAGAAGCAGAGCUCAGUCCUGCAGAUACACAGCCUCCUCCAGAUGGAGCGGGACCUCAACCUCCUCCUGAACCAGCUCCGUACACACCCACCCCUCGAGUGACAGUUUCUGAGUCUGGUAUCAGAUCUGAUGAUGGAGCAUUUGACAUCAUCACCGAAGAAGAGGUGAAUGGUGUCUACGACAGUGACACCAACUCCCAGACCACCGGAGGCUCACUGGAUGGAGAACAAGACAGACCUCCUCCUGGGGCAUUGAACAUAGGCCUGGGAGAUAAUGCUGAAGACCAUUCAGAGAUUACCCUUCUUAAAUCAGGAGAAGUCACGAUGGUUGUUCCUCUCAGCAUCGAUGGUAUUUCUCAGUUCGGAGAUGGUUCCAGGGAGCUCUUCAUCAAGUCCAGCUGUUACAGCGUGCUAACCGUUGACAUGAGAGACUGUGGCCAGACCAUCAGCUGGAUGUUCUCCUCUGAGCCCAAAAGCAUCUCCUUCAGUGUGGUUUACCAGGAAUCUGCUGACACUCCAGUGGAACAGACGAAGGUGCUGAUUCCUCUGACUCGCUGCAAUUCUCAUGAAGAGACAGUUCAGGGUCAGCUCAAAGUCCGUCACCCCGGUCACUACAUCCUCAUCUUUGACAACUCCUUUUCACGAUUUAUCUCCAAGAAAGUAUUCUACCACCUGACCAUGGAGAAACCUGUUAUCUAUGAUGGGAGUGACUGUUCCUGAAGAUGUUCUAUGCACAUGAUCACAGUGUCACUGUGAUGUCACAUUGGUUUUCGUCAGGAUUGGAGAAACAGUUUUUGCAGUUUUUAACAGCUUUUUAAAUAUUUUAUUGUUUUUACGUGUUUUUAGAUGUACUAAGGCAAUAACUGUAGUCCUCAUUGGACUAGACCGCUGUAAACGCUUUUUUAAAGGCAGCCAUAUGUCACAGCAGUUAUUUUAAUAAUUGACCAAGUACUUUUAUGAAGUUGUUCCUCAACAGCAAAACAAAAAUGAGUUCCUGUAACACUCCCUUCCUAACUGACCGUUGCCGUUAAAUGCUACGUUAUUGCAAAGGACAAAGGAGAAGGUGAUGGUUUUUUUUAGUUCACUUAUUUAAUUUGUAAAAAAUAAUUUGCACUUUUCCAUCAUGGUGAGGAAACAAAAGCACUAAGUAAUAACCCAUUUGGGUUUAAUAAGGUUUCUGAUUGAAAAACAAAGCAUAUGCACUUUGUGCAAACAUCUCAGGAGAAGGGAAGGAAAUAGGAAACUCUGUCUUUCAGAAGUAGCAAUUUCCUAAUUAGAAGAAUACUGCCAAAAAAUACUCUGUAUAAAUAAAAAACUGAAAGGUUAGAUAUCCUUCUGUCCAGUGAUAAGCUGUAAUCCCAAAAGUGCCUUUUCUCCUCAUUCUCACAGAACACUUUUCUUGGUACUGUUCUGAAAGAAUACAGAUCUGCUAAUAUUGUAAACACAAUGUAAUAUGUACAUGCACAUUUCUGAACCCUUUAGCUAUUCCUGUACUCUGAUGAAAUAGUUCGGGAUACAGCAUGAAGUUUAUUGUUGCAUUUUCUUUUUUAAGAAAUUUUUAUGAAGCAAUAAGAGAAAAACAAGGCUGAUCACAUUAAUGAAGCUCUGUGCUGCUUUUUGUCAGAGAUCUGGUUGUGCUACAUGGACAAAUCUGUUAUUUUUUAAUGUGUGAUAUAUUUGGAUCGUGACACUUCUUCUCUGUCUUUUUAUUCUUCUUUUUUGCCAUGAUGACAGUUUUUUUAAAAACUAUAUUAAAUCUGUUUGGUUGCUGUAGUUGCACCAGCAGAUUACUACAGAAAACUGUAGUAUGAGGAUACUCAAGUCAUAGAACAUAGAACUUAAAUGUGUUCUAAGAGAACCAUUGCUAGAGUAGCAAAUAGAAAAAACACAGAAUAGAAACAGUAUUAAAUUAGAAUUUCAGUUGCUGCUAAUAUUACCUAUUGGGAAGAGACACAAACACAUACACACAAAGGAGAGAGAGAGAGAGAAAGAGAGAGAGUGAGUGAACAGAGUAGAGCUCAGCAUCUAGUCCUGAUGCAGUUUCGCUCUCUGUCUGAAGCGCUUGGUGAGAUCGGUAGAGGAUUCUCAGCAGCGUCACCAUGUCCACUCUCCACAUCAGCAGGCUCUUUUUGUCACUCUGUCUCCUUCCAGCUGUGAGUAUUUGAUCUCCAUUUGCUGCAUCUAACAAAUCCUCUGUCACCUGUAGAACUUUAUAAUUCUCUCUGGUAUUUACUCCUGACGUAAUACAUGGAAUGCACGUAAAGCUAUACAAAAGACAGAAUCUUGUUCAUUGUGUGUGUGUGUGUGUCUGUGUCCUAUGCAAAUUUGCAGUGGUGGUUGUUCAGUAAGAUGUGUACCGUAACUUUUACUUUCAACGUGUUGCAUCCGGAGAGAAGUCGAUAUACAGUGGACAACACAAGUGAUUUAGAGUUCAUACAUAACAUUGACCGAGGUUAGAUUUGGAGCAGUAGAUACUGUGGCUCGUCUGGUUCAGACUCUAUAUUUCAUGUUGCUUCUGGUUUUGACAGUAGCGGAUAGGAAUGAAGGAGUGUAGUAUAUAUGAGAGGGGAGGGGAGAUAUCUGUGAAUAGUUAUCUGGAAGAUGAAGUGGGAAUUGAAAUGCAGUAGACAAACAUGCAAAAAAAAAAAUCAAAAAUACUAAUACAGUACUA